AUGCGUGGUAGUAUCGUCCUGGAAACCAGUUCGAGUUUUGCUAUCUUCACUGUGAAGGACACGAGUCCAAGACAGCCAUUCGGUUUCAUCUCUGCUACUCUCUUUCGUGUUUCCUUCACUUUGUUUUCGACACAAAACGACGUCCAGGACUUGUGCCCUUCAGUACUUUCCUUCAGUCACUCCAACGUUCCAACACCUUCCGGAGACUGCGCCAUCUCUCUUGCUGCACAGAUACUUAAACUUCCAUCCUCACCAACCUCCUCUUCAUCCUUCAUCAGUCACAACACUUCGCCCACCAUGUCUUACUCAUACGCCACAGCCAAGGCUGUCCUCAGCGAUGUUGACAAGGACCGCAUCCUCGCUAUGCAUCUCAGCUCUGACACGGUCAACGAUGUCGACUGGGACAAGGCAACCCAGGCUUACGGCGCCGCUAGCGUGGAAAGCAUGAGAGUCUCCUAUCACAACAUCCUCAAGAAGAUCGAGAAGGCUGGCGGAAAGACUGGUAUCACUGCUCCAGCCACUGGGGCUGAUGGUUCUGCUCCUACGACUCCCAAGACCCCCAAGACGCCAAAGACUCCUAAGGGCAAAGGUGGUCGUCCUCCCAAGCGCAAGGCCGAGAACACUGGAUCUGACCAAGACGAUGAUGAUGCACCCAAGACCCUCCGCAAGAAGGCCGCCAAGAACAUCAUCAAGGCAGAGGAGGAUGAGGACGAAGGUGACGAGGAGACUAUCAAGACUCCCAGAAAGGCUGGUCGCCCUCGCAAGACCCCAGCCAAGUCCACCACCAAGUCUGCAAUGAGCAAGACUGCUGCUGCUGAUGAUGAUGAUGAUGAUGAUGAUGACGCUGCUAAGGAAAGCAACAACGCUUCUGAAGAAGUUGAGCCUGAACAGGAGGAUGAACAGACUUCUGGAAUGAUCAAGGCGGAAGACGAGUCCGAGUGUUAG